GUGAUUGGCCAUUGCGCGAUAUACAUUCCGAUUGCCGCAGGACGACGAGACCGAAAUUGCCGAGGGGCAGCCACGGCGUCGCCGCUGUGGCCAGGAUUGGGCAGCUCCGGCUCCAGCUCCAGUUCCAGCUCCCACGGCUGACCGACAUUGGCGUAGGCCCAGGCUCCAGGAUCUGGCUGCUGCUGCUGCUCCUGGUGCUGCCCGUGCUUCUACUGCGCGCCCAAGAUGCCCUCCCCGCCGGUCCAUCUGCAAACACGUCGUCGGAGCACGCUGGGCUAUCCCGUGGCGCUCCUAGUGGCGGCCAUGGCCCACACCACCCAGCUCAUAGUGUUCCAGCCCACGGGAACUUCACAGCCGCAACAGCCGCAACAUCACUCGUCACAGUCUCCACAGAAGUUGUCGCCGCAUCUGCAGCAACAACAGAAACAUCUACAGCCCAGGACAAUGCCGAUGAUGCUGAGCAGAUGCUGCCACAAAUUCCGCCGUAUAUCCGCACAACCGCCAUGUUCUUCUGCAUAGUCAUAAUGCUGCUGGGAGUGGUGGGUAAUGUAAUGGUGCCCAUCGUGAUUGUGAAGACGAAGGAUAUGCGCAACUCCACGAACAUCUUCCUCACCAAUCUGAGCAUUGCCGACCUGCUGGUACUUCUCGUCUGCACGCCCACCGUCCUCGUGGAGGUUAACACCCGGCCAGAGACCUGGGUACUGGGCCAUGAGAUGUGCAAGGCCGUGCCGUUCGUGGAGCUGACGGUGGCCCACGCCAGUGUCCUGACCAUUCUGGCCAUCUCGUUUGAGCGCUAUUACGCAAUCUGCGAGCCAUUAAAGGCCGGCUACGUCUGCACCAAGGGGCGGGCCAUCCUCAUCUGCGUCCUGGCCUGGGGCAUCGCUGCUCUCUUUACGAGCCCUAUUCUGUGGGUGGCCGAGUACAAGCUGGCCGAGUACAUUGACGGAUCCUCGGUGGCCGUCUGCCUCACCCAGGCCAUCACCGACUGGACGGUCGCCUUCUUCCUGAUGACCAUCUCCGUAUUCUUCGUCCUGCCCUUUGUGACCCUGGUGGUGCUGUACGGCAUCAUAGCCAAGAACCUCGUCUCCAACCGGGGCGCCAUGCUGCGGGCCCGGCCAACGAAGCCGGAGCUCAGUCUGAGGGCCCGCAAGCAGGUGGUCCUGAUGCUCGGCGCCGUGGUGCUGUCCUUCUUCGUCUGCCUGCUGCCAUUUAGGGUACUCACCCUCUGGAUCAUCCUGAGCUCGGACCAGACGCUCCAUGACCUCGGUUUGGUGCGCUACUACAGCCUCCUGUACUUUUGCCGGAUUAUGUUAUACCUCAACUCGGCCAUGAACCCCAUCCUCUACAACCUGAUGUCGACGAAGUUUAGGCGGGGAUUCGGAAGGCUUUGCCAGGAUGCUGGAAGAUUAAUCCUUGAAUUGGUUACCUUUGGACGCAAGGAGGUUUCCGUCCGCGGUCGGAGUGGCACGCUAUCGCUGGGAUUGGGAACGAAUACUAACACCAAUACCAAUUCUUCCAAUGCCACUGCAGCUACAAGUUCUAGCAUCCUUUCGAGAAGCUCCAAUCGACGCUGCAGCGAGGACAUCAGUCGCACCCGCCUCAAGAUCGAGAUGCAAAUGCCUUUUGGCAGCGAUCUGGAGGCCAUGGCCAUGUUGCAGCACUCGGCGCUGGGAAAGAAGAUGGCUCGAAGACAAAGCGAUACACAUCUAAUGGGUCUAAGGAAACCACAACCGCGACGCCAGAAGCCGCAAAUCAGUUUCGAUGAGGAGGCGCUAGAGGGGAAAUAUAUAGCCGUUGAUGAAGAGAAACUAAAAUCCUCAGGAGAAAAUCCGGCCUGACGGGGAAAGCGUGAAAAAUCGCCUGUAACCCGUUUACACACUCGCUUCACUUGGCUGGAAUGUGUUGAUGGUUGAUCCUGGCAUCCUGACAAAUCCCCGCAUCCUAAACGCAAGCAUAAUCGAUUUCAGUCAACCGUUGACAGCUCACCAAGUCGGAGUUAGAGCCCGGACUCCGGAUCCUUGGACAUUUCCGAACAAAAAACAAUCAAUUUUUCGGGCUAUUAAACUCGAAUGAAUGUGCCAAAGAUAAAUAACAGCAACGACAGCUGAAUAGCACUACAACUACAACUAGACCCAUAGAUUGGUCAGAGUUUCGGAUAAAAAUUGAUAGUGGGCUUGUGGGCCUGGAAGCCAUUAAACGGCGUAGGAAACGGCACGGAGGCACGGCAAAUGGAAAUGGCUUAAUAUGCGUAUGCGGCCGGGAACCCCAUCAAAGAGGCGGAUAAACAUGAUUUAGGUGUAUUGAAAUAGUUUCCUUAAGCCGGCGCCCUGGCCUAUCAAAAUGGCCGCCAUUAUUACACGAGCGGCCAUCACCGGAUGGUCCGGACUCCGGAUAGAAAAAACUGUUGCCUACUUUGUGGCAGGUCGAAUAAAAAGCUUAGCUCAAUAUGCACAUGUAAACACAGUUGUACAUACAAUCCAUGCACACACACACACACAAAUACAAAGAACAUAC